ACUUACUAAAGACAGACUCAGGAUUCGUAUUCACGAACGCAUUUGGAAAUAGACUUCAAUAAGAUUGUGUUUUUUUAAUGACGUCACGACUAAGCGAACUCUCUAGUAGGGAAAACGCGCCAAAUAGUGUCAAAAACAGUAGCGGACAUGUUUGCUAUAACUUAUUGAAUGGAGUGUUUGGCAGUUGAAGACAGCGAAACGAAGCGCCAGCAGGUCCAGAUUGGUCCGAGCCAGAGAUUGUUUUUAAUGCGCUGGUUCGGGACCGCUGGAACCUUCUAUCCGCGAGUAUAAGGGGAUCGGAGCCGAAAAGAUUUUGGUUAUUCGAAGAAAAAAAUGGGACGAGGUGGCGAGUAGAAUAUCAAUGUAAGUUAUAUGUUAUUAUCGUAUCUGCCUUAUAGUUGUAAUAUUUUAUUUAAUAGCUUACUUUUGGAUUUGCUACCGAUGUCGUUUUUACUAGCGCCGAAUAAUGCACUAUGUAAACAAGGGGCAUAACCACUCAGCAAAUUGUACUUACGGAUUUCGGAUGUGAUUGUGGAAUGUGUUUUAGUUUCAAACAUUUGUUAUGAUUUAUGGUACGGUUGCACGUUCUUUGUUUCCAAAAUUUGCACAGUUACUUGCAGCCUCCAUUACCUAGCAGCCACAAGUUCAAAUAUGACCUUGACAUUGAUCAAACUGUCCUUGACCUUUUCCUGCCUGCCGGAACAUUUAAUGAGACUGGCAUGUAUUACAUUGGCAUUGUUGACUCGGCAUUCAACGCAGGACGAAUACGUCCAGGGGAGGUCACUCACUACAACUACACGUUACAAUUGUGGUGGGGCCAGUGCCUGUAUUGGCAUGUUGCCAAGGAGAUGUGGCUGCCUGACGGCUGUUCCAUUACUCCCAUGUCAACAAUUGCUGUGACCAGAUGCAGCUGUAACCACUUGACUGCAUAUGGUGGAACAGUUGAACUCAUACCAAAUAAAUUGUCAUUUGCAGACAUAGAGGGAUUCUUUAGACCCAACGAGAACCCAGUGACAUUAAGCCUGCUGUGCGUGGUGAUCACCGUAUACUGCAUCCUUCUAAACUACUGUCGUCAGACGGAUCGCCAUGACAACCAGAAGGGGGGCAUCGUGUAUCUGCUUGACAACACGCCAAUGGACCAACAGAAGUAUGAGAUCACCAUGGAAACAGGCUGCUGGAGACAUGCUGGAACCACGUCAAAGAUAAGUCUUAUUCUGCAUGGAGAGGAAGGCAUGUCUGAAACAAGGGAGCUAAUCAGCGAGGAUGAUCGUCCCAUGUUCGAGAGAAACUCACGAGACAAGUUCAUACUUACGUUACCAGACAGUAUUGGCAAGAUUUGGAAAGUACAGAUUUGGCAUAACAACUUUGGUCCUUCACCCAGCUGGUACCUCUCCAGGGUGAUUGUCCGUGACUUGAAUACCGGCAACCUGUACUUGUUCCUGUGUGAGAAAUGGCUGGCGGUAGAGGAACAGGACGGCAAGGUGGAGAGGGAAUUCAUGGCACUCGAUGGUACUCUAGACUUCAAUAAGGCGUACAUGACAAAAGUGGUGGAGUAUAUGGCAGACUUCCACAUCUGGUUGUCAUUGGUUACGUGCCCGCCCUACAGUGGUUUCAUGCGGUGUGAACGGCUCACAGUGUGCCUCACCAUGCUGCUCGCCUACAUGUGCCUGAAUGCCAUGUGGUACCGGUCCACUGUCACUGAGCACCAUGGAGAGUUUGGGCUGCUGGACGUAUCCUGGCAGAGUGUGACAGUGGGCGCCAUCUGCUGCGCGGUGGUAAUCCCCCUCGGUCGCAUGCUCGAGUUUCUCUUCAGGCGCAGCAAGCCCAAGCAUGCCUCCAACGUUCCCGCCAAAGACGCUGUGACCGACUGGGAACCAGACUACCCAAGUGGGAAACCGAAUGAGGCUGAGAGCGAGGCUUCCUCAGAGCAGGUGCUUCCAGUUAUGACGUACUCGCUGUUCGACCAGUCCAUCCUCAACUGGCCCAACAUACAGACCUGGGCACAGAAACAGUGGAUGAAGCGCCAGCAGACGGGCAGGUCAGUGCAGGAAGGAGGGGUGAGCGGGGGCAGUGAGGGGUCGGGUCACAGUCACCCUGGUAACCACAUCCUGGCCCCUGCAGUCACCAUGGUAACCACAAUCCUUGGCCCUGGCAGUCACCAUGGUAACCACAUUAUGGGCCCUGGCAACAGUCACCAUGGCAACAACAUCCUGGGCCCUGGCAUAACCAGUGCACCCAGUGGAUCUGGCUACAUUGAACUGUCAAGAUUCGGAGCUGGGACCAAGCCUCUAGUGGAUUUGAGGGACUGCCACUUCCUGUUGCAGCAGAAGACGUCUGCUGACAGUACGCACACCACUGCAGCGCCCUCUAUUAACGAGAGCUUGCGCGUACACAAGCCCCAGUCACUGCCCGACAGUCUUGGGCUACUCUUUACUAAGCAGCUCUCCGAGGGAGGGAGUGCCAAGACUAUCAAGGCACCGUCCAUAUCUAGCAACGGGAUGCUACAAGAUCGUAGGAAGGGUAGACUAUUCAGUGAGCUGUACCUACCGUUCUGGUGUCGCUACAUCGCCUGGUCGCUGUGUGCAGGGGUGUGUGUUGGGGGUGCCACUGUUACAGUCAUGUAUGGAUACACGUAA